AAGAAUAUUUCCUCAGAACGUGCGGCAAAAAUGCAGUCGAAUCGACAGGGCCGCAAAAAAAGUCAACCUUCGCCUUCAACAUCAAAUGUUAAAUUACCGAAAAUACCAAGAAUAAAGUUGCCAGAAGAUUUUAAAAUACGAACACAUCCAUUAUUUUCCUUACCCGAAGAAGUAUUAAAACUACCUCCGCCCACUAAAAAUGCAAAAGCUAAAUCAAGUAAAUCCGUAUCGAGGAAGAAGUCUAGCGUAAUGCAGAGUUACACAGCAAUGAGAAAGGCACGGGAGGAGUUUAGAGCUAAACUGAUGGCCUUGAUUUGUCAGUCAACUCCUGGUGAGGAUGGAGAUGGUGACGCUAUCCCGUCGGCAGAAGAGAAAAACAUGCUUCGAUACUAUUAUUAUUUGCGUUAUGGCAUUGACACCAUCCAUGUAGCGCCUUUGGAUAAUAAAAUUAUAUUGCGAGUACACAACCUAAUAUCACCAAAAUUGAAGAAAUGGAAGGACACACUGUUCACGUGCACCGACGAAAUGCGCGAAGAUUUCAUGAUGAGUAUGAAGAAGGCCAUCGUUGAUUUUGUUCUCAAGGAUCCCAACACGGAAGAGUCACCGGAAGAAGAAGACACACCUUUAAAGCAGGAGCUGGCAAAAAAGGAUGAUGCGUGGAGAAAUCGUUACGCACUAGCCAAGAAGAAUCUUACAAAAAACUUACACAGCGUGAACCCUUGCAUUGCACAGGUCUUGCAAAUAUGGUGGAAGCAAUUUAAUGAUCUAAGAUUAAUCAGCAUGAAAGACAUAAUGACAACAAACGAAGCGUAUGAACUGCAAGAUUUUUGUUUUGUAUGCAAAAGACAUAUUGAGGCAGCUGGUAAUGUGCUCACUCAUCAAUGGAUACCCACCGUGCAAGCUGUUUUUUUACAGGGAAGCAAGAAAAAGAUAAUACCGGAUCCAAAACAAGCAGCGAAGAUGAAGAAGUUCUACAAUUGCUUAGCUUGUAUCAUGACAUACAACCUACAGACGCUGUGUUUGAAGUCUAUGCAGGAAUUUACCGAUUACAUAACUGAUGUAGGGGGUAAAAACCAAGGUUUCGUAAUUAAUCUAGCUUUCCAAAACGAUGCUAUAGAAUUCGAGCCGUCAUUCAAACAGUUCAGAGAUCAACUCUGCCUUUUGUAUGAUUUUCUCAUCGACGCCUGUCGACAGUCGCCCCGGCUGGAAACAAUGCUUUAUCAGGAUUACGUGUGUACUGGCAGGUCGAGUUUGAAGCCCAUUGUAGAUAAUGAUCUUGUGGAUGCUUACAAGGCGCAAGUAGCUGAUCUGAUCAGUGAACAAAGAAUCGGGCCAGAGUUGCGGGUCCAAGAUUUCGAUGAUUACGUUUGCUUGCUAAAUGGGGACGCUCAACAUAGAGUGGAGACAUUUAUAAACUCCCGUCCAGAAAAAACAUUCGAAGAGUACUGCGAAGAGGCAGUAAGGUUUGUGGACAUAGCAAGGGAGAUUCCUUCCAAAUUGGAGGGCACCAUUACUAUCGGCAUGUAUCGGAUGCAGCGAGGCGACUUGAUCAACUCCCUGCGAGGAGCUGCUACCAGGCUUGCCAAUACAUUGUUGAGAAGAAUGACUGAGGACUAUCAGACUAUGAUUAGAACGAUCUUCGAAGAAUACUCGACGAUAGCGAACACUUUGCUGACUCCGCCUCCGGAUACGGCGGCCUUGAUGGAGCUGAUAGCGUACACCAAGAAGGUGGAAGAUGUUCUUCUGUCCGAGAUGGAGGAGAAGUUGCGUCAUGUCCUAAGAUAUAUAAUGUUUCUCGGGGAUUACACCACUUUCUCUCCCCUAGAGAUGAAGGCGAAUAAUCAGUCAUUCCACUGGUACGCUCGUAUGGCCGGUAUAAUAGAAGAAAGUAAGGUGAUAUGUGAUCAAAAGAAGAUAGAGUAUCAAGAAUUAUUAAAGGUUCGCAUUGCAAAGUUCAUUGACGACUUGGACGUUUACGAGACUCAGUGCAACGAGUUGCAAUACUGGGGUGACAUCGAUGAACUGACGAAAUACGUUACACGCGCGAGGCAUUUGGAUGAGAAACUAGCAAUGGCGUUAGUUAAGAUCGAUCAGUUUAACGAGGAGGAAUCCUCUUUCGGAUGGGAGCUGUCUCAAUAUCCGAAGCGUAAGGCGAUAUACGAUAAGCUUGUUCCGUACAAGAAACUCUUUGAUGCAGGAUAUGAGUUCUUGGAGAAACAUAAUAAUUGGAUGAAGUCGAAGGUCGGCAGUUUCGAUCCCGAAGACAUAGAGGGAGAUGUCAGUUACUAUUACAAAAUAGUAUACAAACUGGAAAAAUCUUUCCAAGAUGUUCCAGAAACCUUUCGUCUUGCUAUUUCUGUCAGAGAAAAAAUGGAUGAAUUCAAGACAAAUAUGCCAAUCAUUCAAACUUUGGGCAACCCUGGCAUGAAACCUCGGCACUGGGAGAAAAUAUCAGAUAUUGUUGGAUUUCCCAUUAUUGUCGAUGACGAACUGUCGCUAGAGAAAGUCAUCGAUUUCAAUUUGGUGGAUUACAUCGAGAAAUUCGAGUCCAUAUCCGAAGCGGCCACUAAAGAGAACAACUUGGAAAAGGCGCUGGACAAGAUGAUGAAGGAAUGGGCCGAUCUCAGAUUCGAUAUUUUACCUUACAAGGACACUGGAACUUACAUCUUGUCAAGUGUCGAUGAAAUACAACUGCUUUUGGAUGAUCACAUUGUCAAAACACAGACGAUGAAGAACUCACCGUACAUUAAACCGUUUGAAGACGUUAUUUAUGAUUGGGAAGGCAAGCUUGUACUCUUGCAAGAGAUUCUCGAUGAAUGGUUGAAGGUGCAAGCGACGUGGAUGUACUUGGAGCCUAUCUUCUCUUCUCCCGAUAUUCAACAGCAGAUUCCAGAGGAAGGACGGCGCUUCAGUGCUGUCGAUAAGAUGUGGCGUGAAAUAAUGAAAGCUUGCUACACGGAGCCGCGUGUGCUCGACGUCAUCAUGAUAGAGAAGAUGCUGGACCGGCUGCGCAAGUCCAACAAUCUGUUGGAAAUGGUACAGAGAGGACUGAACGCGUACUUGGAGAAGAAACGAUUGUACUUCCCGCGAUUCUUCUUCUUGUCCAAUGACGAGUUGCUCGAGAUUCUGUCUGAGACGAAGGAUCCGAUGCGAGUACAACCGCAUCUGAAGAAGUGUUUCGAAGGCAUCGCGAAGUUAUCGUUCACGGAGGACAUGGUGGUCACUCAUAUGCGAUCGUCGGAAGGAGAAUUAGUGCUCCUCACUAUAACGAUCAAUACUGCCGCUGCUAGAGGCCAGGUGGAGAAAUGGCUGCUAGAGUUGGAGGUGUCUAUGAAAGAUUCAGUACAUAACGUGGUGGCACUUUCCUACGACGACUACUCACAGAUACCGCGCGAGAGAUGGGUGCUCGUAUGGCCCGGACAAGCUGUCCAAUGUAUAGCGAUGACUUUCUGGACGUCAGAAGUGACAGAAGCAAUACACAUCAGUAUAAAGGCCAUGAGGGCCUACUGGGACAAGUGCAACUUCCAGAUAUCGAAGAUCGUUGACUUGGUUCGAGGAGAACUCAGUCUGCAGAACAGAAUAACACUAGGAGCUCUAGUGGUCUUGGAUGUCCACGCGAGAGAUGUACUUAUGCUUCUAAUAGAAUGUAACGUUCAACAAGAUAAUGAUUUCAACUGGCUCUCACAGAUUCGUUAUUAUUGGGAGGAACAAGAAGACACCACGAUGCAGAUAGCGACGCGGAUGAUAAAUUCUCAACUGAUGUACGGCUACGAGUACCUCGGCAACACCGGGCGGCUGGUGGUCACUCCGCUCACCGACAGAUGCUUCAGGACGCUGUUUGGAGCCUUGCAUCUCAACUUGGGUGGGGCACCAGAAGGCCCUGCUGGUACUGGCAAAACAGAAACCACAAAGGACUUGGCGAAAGCCGUGGCCAAACAAUGCGUGGUGUUCAACUGUUCUGACGGACUCGAUUAUCUUGCGCUCGGAAAGUUCUUUAAGGGUCUAGCCUCCUGCGGCGCUUGGUCGUGCUUCGACGAGUUCAACCGCAUCGACCUGGAGGUGUUGUCCGUGGUCGCGCAGCAGAUCCUCUCCAUCCAGCGCGGCAUCAACUCCGGCUCCACAGAGCUUCUGUUCGAAGGCACUUUGCUUCAGCUGGACCCUUCGUGUGCCGUCUUCAUCACCAUGAACCCCGGAUAUGCUGGAAGGUCGGAGUUGCCUGACAAUUUGAAGGCGCUAUUCCGCUCUGUGGCCAUGAUGGUGCCGGAUUACGUAUUAAUUUCCGAGAUCGAACUGUACGCGUUCGGUUAUCUGAACGCUAAGCCGCUCGCCGUGAAGAUUGUAGCCACGUACAGACUUUGCUCUGAGCAGCUCUCGUCUCAGAGUCACUACGAUUACGGUAUGCGAGCGGUAAAAUCAGUGCUCCGCGCUGCUGGUGCGCUGAAGUUGCGAUAUCCGGAUGAGAAUGAAGACGUCAUCUUGCUCAGGUCUAUCAAGGACGUCAACCUGCCCAAAUUCUUGGAACACGAUGUGCCGUUGUUUAUGGGCAUUAUCGGCGAUCUAUUCCCUGGACUGCCUUUGCCACUGGCUGGGUUACCUCAUCUCGUCUCGAGUCUGAUAGAAGUUUGUGUACCGCUCAAUCUACAAGCAAACGAUUUCUUCAUCGAAAAGGUGUUGCAACUAUACGAGAUGAUUCUAGUACGACACGGCCUCAUGUUAGUGGGUUUUCCGUAUUCCGGGAAAACGAAAUGUUACCAUGCAUUAGGACAUGCUUUAGGGCGAGUGUCAGAAAAGGGCCUUAUGGACGAGAAUCCAGUUGAGUGGACGGUGAUAAACCCUAAGUCGAUUACUAUGGGUCAACUCUACGGUCAGUUCGACCCGGUCUCUCACGAGUGGUCCGACGGAAUCCUUGCCGUCAGCUACAGAGCGUUUGCAGUCUCUCCUAAUAAUAACAGGAAGUGGCUGGUAUUCGACGGACCGGUGGAUGCUAUAUGGAUAGAGAACCUAAACACAGUGUUGGACGACAACAAGAAGCUCUGCCUGAUGAGCGGAGAGAUCAUACAGCUCGCUCCCACCACCAACCUCGUGUUCGAACCUAUGGAUCUGGAGGCUGCAUCUCCUGCGACGGUAUCACGCUGCGGCAUGAUAUACAUGGAGCCGAAAGGUCUCGGCUGGAAGUGUCUGAUGGAGUCGUGGUUGAACACGCUGCCGCCGACCUUGCAUAGUGUCAACAAGAACCUUAUCAGAACGCUGUUUAAUAGGUUCCUCUCUCCACUAUUAUGGCUUAUAGAAUAUUCUGGACAGGCGAAGCAAAUGUACAUUACGUCACGCACCAACCUGGUCGUGGCGCUAAUGCACCUGUUCGACACGUUCAUGGACGACUUUUACGACGAGAAGUACGUCGAGCAGAUAUCGGAUUUGGACAUUCGGGCGCAGUUAGAGGGUGUAUUCUUUUUCUCGUGUAUCUGGUCUAUCGGAGCGACGUUGGACAGCGACAGUCGAUACAAGUUCGACAUGUUGUUCCGUGGUCUGCUAGAAAAGGAAUUCCCUGAAAAAGUUAUAGAAGCGCUCCGUUACCCCCGAGAGAUCGGCAAGCCUGAGAAACAAUACAUCUUCACGAUACCCAAGGACGGAUACGUAUAUGAUUACCGAUUCAUCAAGGAGGGCAAAGGCAAGUGGAAGCCAUGGCAAGACGACGUAGUAUCGGCCCCGCCUAUAAGCAGGGACACCCCGCCCAACCAGAUACUAGUGACGACCCUCGACAGCGUUCGCUAUCUGGCGCUGUUCAGGCUCCUCGUGACGCACCACAAGGCUGUUAUGAUGGUAGGACCCACCGGCACUGGCAAGUCUUCGUACAUCAUUGAUUUCCUAGUGAAGAGGGUUGACACAAAAGUGUAUAAAGCCCUCAUUAUGGCCUUCUCCGCGCAGACUAAUUGCAAUCAAACUCAAGAUAUCAUCAUGGGAAAGUUGGAUAAGAGGCGGAAAGGAGUGUUUGGUCCACCAAUCGGUUGCUUUUGUGUGGUGUUCGUGGACGACGUGAGCAUGCCUCAAGCAGAGACUUAUGGGGCUCAACCGCCGAUAGAGGUGUUGCGUCAAGGCAUCGAUCUCGGCCUGUGGUACGACAGGAAGACCAACGUGGCCAUGCAUCUCAUCGAUGUGCAGUUCAUGUGUGCGAUGGGCAAGCCCACGCCCGGCGCGAAGCUCGUUACGCCCAGGUUUUCGAGACAUUUCUCGUUUUUUUGCAUCGACGAGUUCGACGAUGACACGCUCCGUGUUAUAUUCAGCAGAAUUAUGUUGUGGCACUUGGAUACCAGAGGGUUUUCAAAGGAUUUUGAUCCGUGUAUCGACGAGAUAGUUUGCGGAACGCUGGAGGUGUACAAACAAUGUAGAUUGAAUUUGCUGCCGACUCCUUCCAAGUCUCACUACACGUUCAAUCUGCGAGACUUCUCCAGAGUUAUUUUGGGUGUUCUUCUAUCAGUGCCCGAAGUAACACCAGAUCUGCUAUCAAUAAAACGUCUUUGGGUUCACGAAUGUCUACGCGUAUUCUCUGACCGGCUCAUAGAAGACGCUGAUCGGCAGUGGUUGGUUGGUUGUCUUCGGGAGGCGACCGCUUUGCAUCUCAAUGACGAUUUCGAUAAAAUGCUUUCUCGGUUGCUUGACAACCCUAAGGAUAAGAUCACCGAUCUCCACCUCCGCAGUUUGAUAUACUGUGAUUUCGCGAAUCCCAAAGUUGACACUCGCUUCUACAUGGAGACGACGAACAUGGAACAUCUCAACUCCACUGUGGAUGCGUAUCUCGUCGAGUUCAACAAUAUGUCCAAGAAGCCGAUGAAUCUUGUACUAUUCAGAUUCGCCAUAGAGCACGUGUCGCGGAUCUGCCGCGUGUUGACGCAGCCGCGCUCGCACGCGCUGCUCGUGGGGCUCGGGGGGUCGGGGAGGCAGUCGCUCACACGACUCGCCGCACACAUCAACGAGUAUGAUCUGUUCCAGGUUGAAAUGAGUCGAACUUACGGGAAAAACGAAUGGCGUGAAGAUUUGAAGACGUUGUUGAGAAAGUCCAGCACUCCUGAACAGCACAUGGUAUUCCUUUUCGUCGAGUCUCAGAUAAAAGAAGAAGGUUUCCUAGAAGACGUGAACAAUAUGUUGAAUUCAGGAGAAGUACCAAAUAUAUUUGGUGCCGAUGAGAAAGCGGAGUUGUGCGAAAAAAUGAGAGUGAUCGAUCGUCAGCGAGACAAGUCAUUGCAAACAGACGGCACGCCGACCGCGCUGUACGCUUACUUCGUGUCAAUAGUGCGCGACCAGUUGCACAUCGUCCUCGCGAUGUCGCCCGCCGGGACUUCAUUACGGACGCGCAUACGAAAGUUCCCAUCGCUCGUCAACUGCUGCACCAUUGAUUGGUUCCAGGAAUGGCCGCCAGACGCGUUACUAGCGGUCGCGACACGAUUCCUCAAAGACGUAGAACUGACAGACCUGGAACGCGACACGGCGAUCAAGCUGUGCCAGGUGUUCCACACGGACACGCAGGAGUUGUCGCGUCAGUUCCUGCUGCGGCUGAAGCGGUACAACUACGUGACGCCCACCGCCUACCUCGAGCUCAUCAAUAUGUUCAAAUCGCUGUUGGGCAAGAAGCGCACGGAAUUACUGACAAGCGAAAAACGGUACAUUACUGGCUUAGACCAGCUUGCGAUAGCAGCGAAAUCAGUAGCCGCCUUACAACAAGCGUUGGAGAUAUUGCAACCAAAAUUAGCAGCUGGUGCGGCCGCCGUCGCCGAGACAACCGCGAAGGUCGAGAAAGAGAAGGAGGGAGUCGCUUUAGUGGAAGCUGAAGUGUUGGCGGACCAGGCAGCAGCUGAAGAACAGGCAGCAGAAGCUCAAGCGAUAAAGGACGAGUGCGACGCAGAUCUAGCAGAAGCCAUGCCUAUCCUGAACUCUGCAUUGGCAGCACUGGACACUCUUACUCCGCAGGAUAUUACCUUCAUAAAAACCAUGAAGAGUCCCCCGAGGGGCAUCAAACUUGUGAUGGAAGCCAUUUGUAUUUUAAAGGAAGUGAAACCCGAUAAAAUCCCGAAUCCGUCGGGAGUGGGAACCAUAGAAGACUACUGGGGCCCGUCGAAGAAGCUGCUCAACGACAUACGAUUCCUGGAGUCGUUACAGAACUAUGAUAAGGACAACAUACCGCCGCCGGUGAUGAAGAAGCUGAUGACAACAGUGAUGCAGGAUGAUGGGUUCGUGCCGGAGAAAAUUAGGGCUGUGUCUGUUGCAGCUGAAGGAAUGUGCAAAUGGGUGAUUGCCAUGACUAAGUAUGACAAAGUGGCGAAAGUGGUGGCGCCUAAGAAACAGAGAUUGGCGGCUGCACAGGCCGUGUACGACAAGGCUAUGGCAGCGUUGGCUGUGAAACAAGCACAGUUGAAAGAGGUACAAGACAAAUUAUGCAAAUUAGAAGACGCGUUAGCAGAACAGAGUCGUCAACAGAAGAUGUUGGAUGACGAGGUGAUGGACUGCAGCAACAAGUUGAAGAGAGCCGAGAUGCUCAUCUCCGGGCUGGGCGGCGAGAAGACCAGGUGGACGCAGAUAGCCAAGAAUUUACGGGAGACGUAUAACUCUCUCACAGGUGACAUAUUGAUCGCUGCCGGAAUUAUCGCGUACCUGGGGCCGUUCACUGCCAUUUUUAGGAAUGGACAGGUGAAAAGUUGGGCGCAAGCUUGUCACGAUUGCGGCUUGGUGUGCACUCUGAACUUCAGCCUGAUUAAAUCCUUAGGGGAACCCGUUUUGAUACAGCAAUGGAAUAUAGACGGUUUGCCGUCCGACGAUUUCAGUGUGGAAAGUGCUAUUAUUAUUAUGACUGCUCGCCGUUGGCCAUUAAUGAUUGAUCCACAAGGCCAGGCGAACCGCUGGAUCAAGAACAUGGAGAAACCGAAUAAUCUCUGCGUUGUGCGCAUGACACAGGCUGAUCUCGGAAGAGUUUUGGAAAAUGCUGUGCAAUUUGGUCAACCGGUUUUGCUAGAGAAUGUUCUAGAAGAGUUGGAUCCAAUGUUGGAGCCAUUACUCCAGCAGCAAACCUUCCGACAAGGCGGUGCAUUGUGUAUCAAAAUAGGUGACACCAUCGUAGAAUACAGCAAGGAUUUCAAGUUAUACAUAAGCACUAAACUUGCAAAUCCGCAUUACUUGCCCGAAGUAGGGGUCCGCGUCACUCUUGUCAACUUUAUGUUGGCCAAAGACGGUCUUCAAGCACAACUAUUAUCUCGUGUUGUGGCCCGAGAGAGACCAGACCUACAGCAGGCGAAAUCAGAUCUCACCACACAAGGAGCCGAACAUAGAAGACUGUUGCAAGAUAUUGAGAAGAAGAUCUUAAACGUGCUGUCUACUUCUGAACAUCUGCUAGAGGAUGAGGAGGCUGUACAGAUUUUGAACUCAGCGAAAGACACAUCAAACGAGAUCAAAGAGAAGCAAGAGGUGGCGAUGAUCACAGAGAAAGCGAUCGACACCGCGCGAGACGACUAUGUGCCCAUCGCGGUGCAUUCCACUAACUUGUUCUUCCUCAUAGCGUCUCUGGCAAACAUCGACCCCAUGUACCAAUACUCGCUGGGCUGGUUCGAGGGCUUGUUCACGGCGGCCAUCGACAACACGGAGAAAGUGGAAGAGAUCCCCGAACGGCUCGAGAUACUCCGCGCGUACUUCACGUACUCGCUGUAUGCCAACAUCUGCAGGAGCUUGUUUGAGAAGGAUAAAAUGGUGUUCUCUCUGCUGCUGACCAUCACGAUCAUGGUGGCGGAGGAUCGUCUGGACCAGGCGUCGGUGUUGUACCUGCUCGGCGGCGCGCAGCCGCGCAACGUGCCGCCCAACCCGGUGCACUUCCUCUCGCCACAAGCUUGGACUGAGUUCAAUGGAUUGAACGAAUACGAAAAGUUCCGCGGUAUAUUAGAUCAUUUCACGAGUAACAUACCCGCCUGGGAGGCGUAUUGUGACACUGCCGACCCGCAGAACCAGCCUCUGCCCGAACCUUGGAACACGAAGCUAAGUUCAUUUGAGAAAAUGAUGGUGCUCCGAUGCAUGCGGUUGGACAUGAUGGUUCCGGCGGUACAAAACUUUGUAGAAGCGCAAAUGGGACGGCAAUUUGUAGAGCCGCCACUUUUCGACCUACCCUCGUCGUACGCGGACUCGCAUUGUUGCAUACCGUUGUUAUUUGUAUUGACACCGGGCUCCGAUCCUAUGGGGACUCUAUUGAAAUUUGCUGAUGAUCAGGGCUUUGGAUCCUCUCGUCUUUUCUCCUUAUCCUUAGGGCAGGGCCAGGGUCCCAUUGCUGUGAAACUUAUUGACGAAGGCGUCCGCAGCGGCACUUGGGUUGUGCUUCAGAAUUGUCAUUUGGCGAAGAGUUGGAUGCCUAUGCUUGAAAAGAUUUGCGAAGGUCUAACUCAGGAUUCGACGCACCCAGACUUCAGACUAUGGCUAACGUCAUACCCUGCGGACCACUUCCCGGUAUACGUGUUGCAGAAUGGUGUUAAAAUGACUAAUGAGCCACCUCAAGGUCUCCGAGCGAACAUAGCGCGCUCGUACCAGAGCGACCCCAUCAACAACCCGGAGUGGUUCGAAGGGAACAAACAGCCGGAGAACUUCAAGAAGCUGUUGUUCGCGCUGUGCUUCUUCCACGCCGUGGUGCAGGAGAGGAGGCAGUUCGGCCCGCUGGGGUGGAACAUACGAUACGAAUUCAACGAGACGGAUCUCAGGAUCAGCGUCACGCAGCUCUACAUGUUCCUCAACGAAUAUGAGGACGUCCAGUUCGUAGCGCUUCGGUACUUGACAGGCGAGUGCAACUACGGUGGGCGAGUCACUGACGACUGGGACAGGCGCUGUCUCAACACUAUACUGUUCAAGUUCUACAACCCGAGGACUAUAUACGAGGAUAAAUACCCGCUCGAUCCCAGUGGCGUGUACUACAUACCGAACCUUCGCGAGCACGCGGAUUUCAUAUCGUUCGCGAGAUCGUUGCCGGUGGCGACGCCGCCCGGAGUGUUCGGUUUCCAUCCCAACGCGGACAUCACCAAGCACUUUAGAGAGGCGGAGGAGCUUCUCAACACCGCCAUACUUACACAGGACACAAUGGCGGCGGGUGGGGCCGGCGCCACUCCAGAACAACAAGCGAUGGCCAUAUCAGAGGAUAUUCUUGCGCGACUUCCCACGAAGAUUCUCACGGGCCCGUCGCACGAGGGCGACAUCAGGCCGGCGGACAUGACUCCCAUGUCGAUCGUAGUGAUACAAGAGGCGGCGCGGUAUGAGAGGCUCGUGAAUGUCGUCAGAUCUAGCGCCAGAGCCGUCAUCGGCGCUGUACAAGGUGUGAGCGUACUAACUGACGUGACCGAAGAAGUGCUGACAAGUAUGGUGCGCGGGCGCAUACCCUCUCUGUGGGCCGGCAAGAGUUAUCCCUCCCUCAAACCGCUCGCGUCUUACUUCAACGAUCUGCUGGCCAGACUUGAGUUUUUACAGCAUUGGCAUCAGUACGGACCGCCGGUAGUGUUCUGGUUGUCUGGCUUCUACUUUCCUCAAGCGUUCCUCACAGCUGCCCAACAAAGCUACGCGAGGAAAUACAAGAUACCUAUUGAUCAACUGGCCUUUCAUUAUGAGGUGCAACGUACGUUUGUGCUGGAAGAGCCGCCAGAGGAAGGCGUCUACAUACGAGGCCUGUUCAUGGAGGGCGCCAGGUGGAACAACGAAGACUACUACAUCGACGAGUCCUACCCAAAGAUACUCUACGACGAGUUCCCGCCGGUAUGGCUAAUCCCGCUCAAACGCGAGGACAUACCGACCGACGUGUUCUACAACUGUCCCCUGUACAAGACAGGGGACCGUCGCGGCGUACUGUCCACCACGGGCCACUCUACCAACUACAUUCUGUUCAUGCGACUGCUGACCGUCAUGGACCCUGACCACUGGAUAAUGAGAGGAGUCGCUUUACUCACCCAGCUACCGUUCUAAUGUCUAAUGGUUUGAAAUAACGUCAAACGCAGACGGCCGUAUAAUGUUGGUGACCGAUUUUAUGAAAAAAAUUGUUUGUUAUCGUCGUUUAUAGAAUUUGAGUUUAAUUAGAGUAUCUAUCUGACCUAAAACCGUAUAAUGUGGAUGAACGAUUUUUAUCCAAAAAUGUUUGUUAUCGUCGCUUAUAGAAUUUCAGUUUAAUUAGAGUACCUACCUGACUUAAAACUGUAUAAUAUCGGUGACUCAUUUUUAUCUAAAAAUGUUUAUCGCCGCCUGAAGACAGUGUGGAUUUUAGAGUACCUACCUAACUGAAGUUUUUUAUCAUUUUCUCUACCAUAUGGACUCGAAUGGAAACUCGAACACGUAUGGACUCAAAUGGUCGACACUUCUCUGUGACAACAUCAGACCAAGCAAGUGACAAACGGUUAUACAACAUGCAGCACCGAUUUAUUUACCGUGGUCUGUGUUUGUCAUCGUAUAAUCACGAAAUAUUAUUCCUGAACAUCACUAUUGAACCCGAAAAGGGGGCUAAUGAAAUAGUAAAGUUAACUGUUGUAAUAUUUCAGUUCACCAUCACAGCAUGCUGUGAUGCACUUUUCUUCAAUUAUCAUAAGAGUUUUUUAUUAUUUAUUUUAUCAUAAUACAGCAAAGAAGGAUUAAUAAUAUACAAAAAUAAAUUAAUACAUAUUAUGGGUAGUAAAAUUUCCGACAUCCAAAAAGAACAGUUAUGUCGGGGCCAAAAAGUAGUCCUAUAUUAUCGCAAUAUUUGCUAACAAUUUCUUUAAAUCGUAACAUAUUAUUAUGAAAUUAUUAUCUUCAUACCAAUUAUUAUUUAGUGAGAAAAAUUAUCUAACUCAGAACGAAACUGUGAUUAUCAGAUCACCGAACCAUCGCGUUUUAUUUUUCUAGAGUAAGUAGACAUAGAAAGAUUUAUUAUUUUACAUAAAUAAUUGAGUUUGUUUUUAUUUUUGUUUUAAGAAGUUUGUUUUCCACAUAGGCAAGUUAGGGGAUGAUGGCCAAUGGCCAUAUGUUUUUCGGAAGGUAAUGAAAUUAAAUCUUUAAUUAUUAAUCAAUAAAAAUCAAUAUUGAUAGCAAGGGAGAGAUUGUCAAUUUGUAUAUCCACUAUUAAACCACUAGUUUUCUUUAAAUAAAUUUUAAUCCCUUCAUAGAUUUAUUAAGCUUCAUGAAUAUCAUGCAUAUUGUCAGCGUCAAUAGAAAAGAAAUUAUAAUAGACAUAAGAAAAGACAAUGAGCAUUUACAAAUCUUUGAUGCGAAUCGUAACAACGAACUGGGAGUUCAGGUAAGAUUUUUGUGACACAACUAGGCUAUCCCUAUUAGACUAAUCUAUUUAGGCAUAGUUCGGCAAUAUACUUAAUUCGGAAAAAUACAUAUUAAUAGUUUCAAAUUAUUUUGUUUGUAUAUAUGCUCAUUCUAUAUGGCCAUCUCACGCCGAUCAAAUAUGGUCAUCUCUACUUAUCAUUUUUGACGCGAAGGUCAUAAAAAUUAAGCUCUGUUUGCAUGUGGAAAAUUUUCCUUACUUUUUGUUUUUUAGGCUGAAUUCAAAACAAAUAUUUGGUUUCAUUCAUUAAGUGGAAAUGUGAUAUUUUUGAUUGGCCAUCGCACCCGGUUUUACCCUAUUACAAUUUUUCUUUAGACAAAACACAUUUUUCCAAGAGAUGAAAACUAAAGUAAUGGUUUCGGAGCAAUCUAUUUAAAAUUAAAUAUCACCCAACUAUCUGAUUUCUUAAAAACUAUGUAUAUUCUAAAAUCUAAAGUCCUCUUUAGAGAUCAUACAGAUAGAAAUUAAAAUUAGUAAGUGGUCACAAAAUUAAAUGAUUUCGACAAUCUGUUUUAUAAAUAAAGAUCACUAUUU